AUGUAUUCUAAAACUUUCAUCUUUGUCUUUUUCAACGCUGCCCAAUUUCUAAUCCGAUCGAUCUCAUGUUUUGAUUUCGUCUACAACUCUAAUUUCAAUACCACCAACACAUUUCUAGUCGAUGACUCCACUGUCACAUCUCCACCGUCGAUCCUCACCCUCACCAACCCAACCCAUUACUCCAUCGGACGUGGUUACUACCCUUCAAGAAUCUCCGUCGUCUCCUCCGCCUCGCCGCUCCCAUUCGCCACAUCAUUCAUUGUUUCCAUGGUUUCACACAAAAACAUGCCCUAUGGCAGCAUCGCCUUUAUCUUCUGCAACAGUGGCUUCCUCCCAGAAUUCAGCAUCUAUGUCAACCGCGACAUCUGUGGCGUCACCAUCCCCACAUCCCCCUCUUACAAUUCAUCUGCAGUCGCUGGAUUCUACGGAGACAGAGACGGCCAGAGAUUCACGCAGCUAAGUGAUCAAUGGAUCAGUGAUCAGUGUCACCAUGGCUAG